UGGAAGGAGCUCUUCUAGAGGCAGGGAGAGGUUUUCUACAAGAGCUCCAAAACUCACUGCGCAUUUCCCAUGACUGCUCCAAAACCACAUUAGGGCCACACUGGCCACAUGGGGAGUGGGGAGGAGGCUGCUGAUCCCAAACCAAACAGUGGGGGUGAGACCACAGCAGCAGCCCCAUGUGCUGCAGGCCCCACGAUCAGUGGGUCGCAGUAGCAUGGCUGGGGGGCUCCGAGCCGCAUGGCCGAGCCCCACCGCCUGUUGUCCAGCAGCACUGACUUCCUCCGCCCCGACUGCAAACAAUGCGAGCCGGGAGAGGCACAGGCCUCAGCACUUCUGAGCACCAAAUGCUGAGUUCAGCUGGGCACGGCCCCGUGGCCGUGUAACCCUUUGCUUGCGGGAUGGAGUGAGUUCCCCUCUGCGGAGCAGCGCCUUCGGGCUGCAGUGCCCUGUACAGAGCAGGAGCUGCGCUGCAGGUGCCCGUCACCGCCUGCCUGCAGCAGGUGGAAGCAGGAACGGGAGCGCAGGAAUGAGGAAAUGCCCCCACCGCACUCUGCCCUGUGCCCGGCAGCGCUACUGGCGCCGGGGGGGUCUCAGCGGGUGGGGGAGGAAAGCACGGCUCUGCCUGGCAUCGAGCAUCAAAACCACGGAAGAGAAGUUUGUUUGUCCUGAAAGAAAAUGCUUCGUCGCGUUUGUUUGCUUUGUCCCUGCUGCCGUCAGGCCGGGGCUGAUUUCCUUUUUUUUCAGGUUCAUUUCUAGAGAACAAAGUGAGAAGCGGGGAGGCUGCAUUUUGUACCUGCCACGGAAUGGUCAACUUCUGCGCGCUCCCUGAAGGAAACGGGAAUGUUGGAAGAGAUUAUUAACCCUUUUGUUGUCUUCGAUGCAACACGGGGUUAGCAGUGGGGCUCCCCCCAGAGCCCGCGCCCCACUGGAGUGCUGGGCGGCUUAUGGCAGGGCAGAGCACUGACCUCCACUCUGCUGGGAAACGGAGGCUCCCGAGAUGAUAAGCGGCUCUGGGAAGAAAUUCCUUUCCCCGUGCGAGGGAGUGGCAGCGCUGGGCACGCUCACGGGCACAUCCACACGUCUGCGCACACGUGGGGACCCGACGUUGAGAGGUGGGAGCUGAGGCUCCAUGAGGAGGACACGGUGUGGGGCCCUGCGGAGCAGCAGGGUCUGUGCUGGACUUUCCCAGGGAUGCUCCGCACACCUCUGCCACCUGUAGCGCACUGAGGCCAUCCAGCGGGUCCCAGGUUGCUGCAGCCUGGUGAGGGUCAGAGUGUGUGAGCAAAGAGAGAGCCAGAAUCCACCACGGGCAGCCCAGAGUGCGCACAGCCACCUGAUUGCUCCUCUUGGGUUCGUGCUGGGGUUCACACAGCUCUUCUGAUCCACACACAAGCCCCGCCAGCCCUGAACGAGCUGGCUCUUUGUGCUGCAGAGGCAGGCGGUUCACCGGUCUAUAGCUCUGCCCACGGAGCUGCAGGCAAUGUGGGAGCGGAUGGAGGGUGCUGGAGGAUCUGCAGGUGGUGCCAGCAGCUGAGGAGUGUGAGUCCUGCUGCCCCCGCUCGCCCCUGCUCCUGCCGCACCGGGACCGCCAGCAGCACACCACAGCUGAGCACCAGGGACGAUGGUGGUGGGAGAAGACCAUGGCAUCAGGCAAGGAGGGCGCGUCAGAGCCAAGCAGCCCAGCUGAGGCAGCAGAAGGCUCCCCAGAGCCCUGCUCCGUGCUGCUGGCGGCUGGGGAGGGCUUUCCACCAGAGAUCUCACUCUUCUUCUCCAUCGAGAGCCGCUCCUCACGGUGCCCCAAUGCCCAGCUGCAGGAAGCAGCCAGAAGGAAGCUGUGGGCCCUGGAGAGUGACAACAGAGAUGUCUGCGCUCUUUUCAAGGAGCUGUCAGCCAGGCUGCUGUGCAUACAGGCACAGGAAGAUCGGUUCCUCCUCUCCUUCAAAACCCUGGAAGAAGUCUGGAAGUUUUCCACGUAUCUAACAUUAGGCUACGUAGGCCGCUGCUUGGAGCAGCUUCUCUUUGAGCAGGAGUUCUGGCUGAACUGUGAUCUGGUGGAGGACACAGAGGUCAGAGUGUCCAUGGACAAAAAUCGCUUGGCCACCAUAUAUCUGGGUCUGCUGCUCCAGGAAGGUCACUUUUUUUCCAGAGCAGUGCCCAGUGUGUGCCAGACAGAGGGGGAGGGAGAGGAAGGCCUGCAGCUCUGCAGGAACGAGCUGGUCCAUGUGAAGAACAUUGGAGAGGAGUCCAAGUGGGAAGGGAUGUCCUUGCUGACAGGCCAACGAGGCCUGGUGCCGGUGACUGCCCUAGAACCGGUACCUCACCCGUUCUACCAGUGGUUCCUGAAGAAUUAUGCUGUGAGUUUUGGCAUCUCCCAGGAGAUUAGUGGGACAACCUCCCAGCCGAUUGUCAAAGGCAAGUGCACAGCCACAGUGGACCAUAGAGGAGCAGCAUGGGAUGAACUGAGUUUCUCCAAGGGAGACAGCAUAGAAGUCAUCGGCUUCCUCCUUCCAGGACUCCCGUGGUUUGUGGGCAAAUCUCAAAGCAGUGGGAACAUCGGCUUUGUCCCAGUGCGAUCUGUAAAUGCUGAGGCUUGCGAACCUCUAGAAAAGGGGUUGGUGUUUCUGAGCGAAGAAGAAAACUUGCCCCUCCUGUGCAUCCCCUGCAAUGGUGGUGAGCAGCACUUUGCCACCCUCCUUGGAGAGCUGGCACGCACUGACAUCACCUCUGUGUACCGCCUGGAUGGUUUUGAACCCACAGCCAUGUUCCCGAAAGUGCCAUCAGAGGCUGUUCUCCGUGGCUGUAAGGACAUCCAGCUGCUCCAGUCCUGGGAGGAGAUAAACAGCUUGGUCACAGCUAGCACCUCGGAGCAGUCCAGCCCAGGGAGUGAGUCAGCCCCUGCUACCUGGGAAGAUGUUCUCCUGGACAAGCUGAAUGAUUUUGAUGAUCCCAAGUUCUUCAUUGACCUGAAUGCUGGACACAUGGAAGAUGCUGAUGUCUUUGAACCCAUACUGACCUUCCUUAACCAGGACAGUUACAUGCCCUGUUUUCAAAGCCUCUAUGAUCACAGUUUCUCCUUUCUCAACUCCACUUUUUAUGGUUUCUCUGAUGAGGAUGAACUGGUCUUGUACCUCGAGACAUCCAGGAACUGGGCCAAGAGGACUCAUUCAGUUUGGGCCCAUGUCAGGCUCUGUUUCCUCUUGGGUAAGCUCUGUAUGAAAAAAGUCAAGUUCUCCCAGGCUCGAGUCUAUUUUGAGGAAGCCAUGAGCACCCUGGACAGGGGCCUUGGGGACCUGCCCCUGCUGGCUGCCUUGCACGUGAACCUUGCUUUCAUCUACCUGAAACAGAACAUGAAAAACAAGUUCUUCUCCUUGCUGGGAAAAAUGGUGGCCUUGCUUGUCUGCUUGCCCGGCCGCUCCUUCAGCUCCGAAAAUGAGCUGAGGGUCAUGAUGUACGUCCUGAGGGAGGCCAUUGCUGUGGGGAACGCUCCUCUGGAAGCACGGGUCUGCUUCCUUAUUGUCAAGCUCUUCCUCCAGCUGGGAAAGAAUGAUGAAGUGCUGCCCUUUAUUGAGCAUCUUCAAUGCCUCUGCACCACUUCACUCAGCCCAGACACUAGUGCUGUGCCGCUGGACGCCACCCCCAUCCUGAGCUAUCUGUAUGACAAGAAGUACUUGCCAAACAUCGCGCUGGCCUCUGCCAGGUCUUUUGUUCCCAGUGGCAUCAGUGGGGCACCAACACCCAUUUGGAGAGCUGGCUUCAUCCUCCAAAAUGUGUCCAAGCUCCCAGGAAGCCAGCUGGACAGGAGCAGCAUCCCAGCCCUGGCAUGUUCCUACCUCAAGCAGGCACUGCACUUCUCCUGUGAGAGCAGAGCGGUGACCACCCAGAGGACUCUGUGUGCCGUGUUGUCCCGGAUGUACCUGCAGCACGGUGUGCUGGACGGGGCGGUGUGCUAUGCAGCAAGGGCUGUGGCCUUCAGCAAGCUGAUAGGCGAGGAGGAGGCUUUCGAGUCCUCCCUAUCCCUGGGGUGGAUGUACCUUCUGAGCAGCCAGCCAGGCCCAGCUGCAGACAUCAUGGGGCAGCUCUUACAUUCCCUGCAUGGGACGGACAGCGUGACGCAGGGCGGAGCGGUGCACAACCUCCUCGCCAUCGCCCUCAAAGGAGCAGGGCAGGUGCAGAAGGCAGCGGAGAACUACCUCCGGGCACUGCACAAGGCCAAGGAGACCGGGAACAAGAGGAACCAGGCUAUCACCCUGGCCAACCUGGGGCAGCUGAGCCAGUCGCGUGGGGCGAGUCAGCUGUCUGAGCUCUACCUGCUGCAGGCUGCCCAGCUGUACGCCGAGCUGCAGGGCAGCGAGGAGCUGGAGCUGGAGUCGGUGCGCGUGCUGCUGUGGCUGGCACAGGCCAUGGUCAGCAGAGGGAAGAUAGAAGAUGGGAAACUCUGCUAUGAACUUGCGCUGGUUUUUGCCCUGAAGUGGCAUAACGUGAGGAGUCAGCUUCACAUCACUGAGGCUCUCUGCCAUUUCUACAGCCAAGUGUGCCCCAGCCUCCAGGCCUGCAUUACCUACCACGAGCACCGCGUCUCCUUGGCACAGAAACUCCAGGACAGAGAGUUGGAAGGCAAUGUUCAGCAGUCCCUCAGCCAGCUCUACCAGGCUUUGGGCACCCCUGAGGCCUUGAGACAGUCGCUGGACUGCACCAAACAGAGUCUGAGGAUUUUCAUUGACCUCGAGGAGACUGGCAAGGCAGCAGAGGCCUGGCUGCAAGCAGGAAGGCUGUACUAUCUCAUGCAGGAAGACGAGCUGGUGGAAAUGUACUUUCAGGCAGCUAUUGGGACUGCUCUGAAAGCUGAGAACUUCUCCUUGGCCAUGGAUCUCUAUGAAAAAGCAGGCGAUAACUUUUUUAAUGGCAGCCGACACAGAGAUCGAGCGGUGGAGUUUUACAGGGGUGGUGCAGUGCCCUUGGCCAGGAAGCUACAGGCCAUUAAGACAGAGCUGCGGCUGUUCAAUAAGCUGACGGAGCUGCAGAUCGGGCUGCAGGGCUACGAAAAGGCGCUGGAGUUUGCCACACUGGCAGCCAGGCUGAGCACCAGGGUGGGAGAUCAAUUGCAAGAGCUGGUUGCAUUCCACCGCCUGGCUACAGUCUACUAUUUUCUGCAGAUGUAUGAGAUGGCUGAAGAUUGCUACCUGAAGACACUCGCCCUGCGUCCCCCCAUGUUGCAGUGCUCUGGAGAGGCCCUGUACUACUGCAAGGUGUAUUGCCACCUUGGCAACCUGACCCUGCGCAAGCUAAAGGAUGAACAGGACGCAGCAGCUUACUUCCUCCUGGCCCUCGCUGCAGCCACCGAACUGGGAGAUGCGGAGCUGCAGGGCCUCAUUGGUGCCAAGCUGGCCAACAUCCCCAGCGCCCCGCGGGGAUCCAUGGACAUGCCAGGCUGUGCCACGUAUCGGGCCAGGUGGCUGAGUGAGGGAGGCCACGUCGUCUGAGCGAUGGAUGUGUCACCAUGGGAUGUGCCUGAGGACCUCGCCAGCUCCAUGUGCUCUCCGGGAGCAGAUGUCCUGCCACCAGCAGCGUUUUGGCUUCUUGUCCCCAACAGACAAGGGACCUGGAGUCCUGCCCACGUUUCUUGGGCACGGGGCUGUGCACAUGGCACUGCCAGCAGAGUGGGGCAGGAUGAGGCCCCAGCAACUGGUGCUGGAGCAGGAGUGCAGCUGUGUGGGAUGGGGUCGGUAACAAGGUGCUGAUUGUCCCCACCUGGGCCCCUGACCCGAGCGUGUUUUAACUGGAAUAGUAGCUCGUUAUUUAUUGCGGCUGUUUGCUGCGCUGUCUGCUCCGUGCGGGUCUGUGCCCCACACUGCGACAAAAGCUUCGGCGGCGGCGGCAGACAGGGAUAGGGACCGGGUAAAACACAGAGUCCGGGCGGGGAGUGGGGGGAAGGCAAAGGGAAGGCAACCAGGAGGCAGCAAGGCGGCUGCUGACCGCCAGGGAGCAACCGAGCCCCGCGUUUGCAGCUCGGACUGAUGGGCGAGCGCUGCUCCGGGCGCUGGCAGCUCGCUGGGGCUUCACAGAGGGACCUGGUGCGUGUCACCCCGUCUGACUUACAUGCGCCACUGCCUGUAAAUGCUGAACGCAGAACAUUUAUUUCCUCGCUGCUCUUUGCGAACGCUGGCUUCUUUUUCCCCUUCCAAUCCCUGCGAGCAUCCAUCAUUGGGGCAGUGAAUAUACAGCUUCUUCAUCA